AUGUUAACAUUCAGCUUGACACUCAUCCGUCAUGGGGAAACACAAUACAACAGGGACAAGUUGCUGCAAGGUCAGGGUGUGGACGCUCCCUUGUCAGAUACGGGGUUGCACCAGGCAGAAGCUGUAGGACAGUACUUUGGAGACCUCAGAUUCAACAAUGUGUUUGUCAGUAACCUGCAGCGGGCUUGCAAGACCGCUGAAAUAAUUCUGAGGAACAACACUCACUGCUCUGGCAUGGAGAUGGUUUUGGACCCGUUACUCAGAGAGAGGGGCUUUGGCAUCGCUGAAGGGCGCCCCAAAGAGGAUCUCAAGAACAUGGCCAACGCCGCCGGCCAGGCCUGUCGGGACUACACCCCUCCAGGAGGAGAGACCUUAGACCAGGUGAGGCUGCGAUUCAAGAAAUUCCUCAAAGUCCUUUUCCAGCGCAUGGUGGAUGACCACGGCUGGCCAGGGCAGGGCGCCACAGAGGGGGCGACGGCGUCAGGAGCAGUGUGCGGCGGGUCCUCGGCUUCCGUGUCAGGCGGCUCCCCUGACGACGGUCUCCAGGGAGUGUCAGUCCAUGCCCUGGUGGUGAGCCACGGCGCCUACAUCCGGGAGGCCAUCAGGCACUUGGUGGAAGACUGGGAGUGCUCUCUGCCCCAGGGGGUCAAGACGUCGCAGUUGUUCUCGCCUUGCCCCAACACCGGUGUCAGCCGCUUCAUCCUCACCUUGAGCCAGUCCAGGAACGGCCCUGUGCUCUCCACCGUUGGUUGUGUUUUUACCAACCGAAAGCACCACCUGGCAAGCCUUAAAGGUGCCGAGUAGCGUAGGGGGAAUGGAAAGGGGGAGGGGUAAAUUUGUGGUUAAUUAACAUUUCAUUGGAAAACUUGGGAGUUAUUUAUGAACAUUAAAGGGAAAUGCAAAGGCCUCACAGUUAGACCUCUCUUUGCAAAGUAACUUUUAACAUGAGCAAUGUAGAACAGUGUUUUAGACGGUAUAAAUGGUAUCUUCUCUGUUUUCAGCAGUACGUCAUUACUCGUUUCAGCCAGCUGGCCAGUAAGGAUGUAUAUGUCACACUACAGUCAUGAGUUGUAAUGCAAUUCCCUGCACCUUUUUAUUUUGUGUGGAAUGUGUCACGUCUGUAUUUUGUCCAACACUUAAUAUUUUACAGUUAUUGUGUAGGUUCCUUUGUCAAGCAUACCAAAGUUAGCAACAAAAAAAGGAGGUACUACUGCACGUCAUCAUCAACUCCAUGUGGCACUUGUGUAGCGGUUGCGGUGUUGUUCAUGUUUUCACUCAUUACAAACGAUGUAGCAUGACAACAAAA